GAGACAGACAGAAGUGGAUGGCCCAAGACCUGGAUUCACAGCUUUAAAAGCAGGAGCGGGAUUUUGGAGUUUGGGAUAAUUCUGCCCUCUGUCUGGAGAAAAGAGAGUGAGGUGGAAUAUAACAACAGUUGAUUGGGAAGUUGUCACUCAGUGGACAGAGACAAGAAGUGGCAUUGACAGGGCGUGCUGUGGUUCAGGGGGUCCAGGUGGCAGGCAUGAGGGGUCCGGCCUGCACUGGAGUCUGGCUCUAGAGUCCACAGGGGCUCCCACUUCAACUGGACACAUUCCACAGGACGUGUGCCCAUGAGGUCGUCACCACUGGUCCUGCUCCUCCUGAUCGGCGUCCAGGCUGUACUAAACAUGUCAGGUGGAUUGGCCUGGAGCGCCGGCGCAGCCAACCACAGAGUAGGACAGCAGACAGCAGCCAAUCGCAGAGCAGGACAGCAGCAGACAGCCGCAGGGGACCACAUUUCUGAACAACAUAGUUCACAGGAGCACCGUAGGAACAGCCACCACAGGACCAAGAGGCCCCACCGAGCAGCCUCGCACACACAGGAUAAGAGCCCCGACGUAGGGCACUCUAUGUCAGAUUCUCCCCCUGACCCCUCCAUCCCAGUAGUGGACCCCAAGCUCUUCUCUAAGAGACGUUACCGCUCCUCCCCUCGUGUUGUCUUCAGCGAGGAGACCCCAUCUCAUGAUGCCCUGGAGGAUGAGGGCUAUGACAUUGAAGGGGUGAGGGGGGUGAGGGUAAGGCGCAGAGCGGGAUCGCACACCAUGCACAGAGGAGAGUACUCAGUGUGUGACAGCAUGAAUACCUGGGUUGGCAACCUGACACGAGCCACAGACAUAGCUGGGAAUGAGGUGACUGUGCUGCCUAAUGUUACAAUCAACAACGUGGUGAAGAAACAGUUCUUCUAUGAGACCACUUGCCGCUCCCCCACACACAGAGGCUCUGGGACUGCAAAUGGAAGGCCAGGGGGGCGCGGUGGAAAACAGGGUUCCAAAUCGGGCAACGCAGGCUGUCUGGGCAUCGACAGCCGCCACUGGAACUCCUACUGCACCAACACACACAUAUUCGUAAGUGCCUUGACCAUCUACAAGGAACGAACAGCCUGGCGUUUCAUCCGCAUUAACGCCGCGUGCGUGUGUGUUCUCAGCCGGAAGUCAUGGGCGGGACGACUGGGGCACUGACUCCUGAACACUGAACUAUGAACCAAGCACACACAUUUCUACUAAACAGCCACUGCAGCUUUAUUGCCAAUACUGUAAUCCUCCUCCCCAUCUCCAAACAAACACACUCUGACCAUAGCAUUAAAUCCAGACACACACACACACACACACACACACAC